AUGGAAACAUUCUAUCUCAUUUUUUUAUCCACAACAGUGAAACGAAGUGCUAUUGACUUUGAUGGAAUAAACAGUUCGAAGCGCGAAGUGAUAAGUUUACAUGUUGGCCAGGCUGGUGUUCAAAUUGGUAAUGCAUGUUGGGAGUUGUACUGCUUGGAGCAUGGUGUUCAACCGGAUGGAAUGAUACCAGGCGAUGAAAGUGUUGGUAUUGAAGACUGCUCCUAUAAUACAUUUUUCAGUGAAACACAAGCUGGAAAGCAUGUUCCACGAGCAAUAUUCAUUGAUCUAGAACCUACCGUCGUUGAUGAAGUGCGCACGGGGACUUACAAAACACUCUUUCAUCCAGAACAGCUCAUUUCCGGAAAAGAGGAUGCAGCAAAUAAUUAUGCUCGCGGGCAUUAUACAAUCGGAAAAGAAUUGAUUGAUGUGUGUACGGAUCGAAUUCGAAAACUAACGGAAAGAUGUAAUGGCUUACAAGGAUUCCUGAUAUUCCACUCGUUUGGUGGUGGUACUGGUAGCGGAUUUACAUCGUUGAUGAUGGAACAGCUAUCCGUUGAUUAUGGAAAAAGAGCGAAGCUUGAAUUUAGUAUCUAUCCAGCACCACAAAUAAGUACAGCAAUGGUUGAACCUUACAAUUCAAUUUUGACCACACAUACUACCUUAGAACAUUCGGAUUGCUCUUUCUUGGUGGACAACGAAGCUAUUUAUGAUAUUUGUCGAAAAAAUCUUGAUAUCACAAGUCCAACUUAUACUAAUUUGAAUCGACUUAUUGCACAAAUUGUGAGCUCAAUAACAGCAUCACUACGUUUCGAUGGUGCACUGAAUGUGGAUUUGACCGAAUUUCAAACAAAUCUGGUACCAUAUCCACGAAUUCAUUUCCCACUUGUUACUUAUUCACCCAUUAUCUCAGCUGAGAAAGCUUUCCACGAACAAUUAUCCGUUUCGGAAAUCACUAAUAAAUGUUUUGAACCAAAUAGUCAAAUGGUGAAAUGUGAUCCAAGGAAUGGUAAAUAUAUGGCUUGUUGUUUACUCUAUCGCGGAGAUGUCGUACCGAAGGAUGUAAAUUCAGCCAUUGGGAUGAUUAAGACAAGACGUACCAUUCAAUUUGUCGACUGGUGUCCAACAGGUUUCAAAGUUGGAAUUAACUAUCAACCGCCAACUGUGGUACCUGGCGGUGAUUCGGCUAAAUUACAGCGUGCUGUUUGCAUGCUAUCCAACACAACGGCUAUUGCUGAAGCAUGGUCCAGAUUAGAUCAUAAGUUCGACCUAAUGUACGCCAAACGAGCUUUUGUACAUUGGUAUGUUGGUGAAGGAAUGGAGGAAGGUGAAUUCUCGGAAGCACGUGAAGAUAUGGCUGCACUUGAAAAGGAUUACGAAGAAGUUGGUGCUGAUUCGUUUGAUUCGGUCGAGGAUGAAUACUAA